UUAACUUAUUUUGUAGAUUUAAUUCUAAUUAGAACUUCCGAUAAUCUGAAGUAUAUAAAAAGGUCUGUCAGGCCCUACUAGUAGUAGUAUUAACUUGUUGUUAAGUUCAGUGCUUUCUUGAAAAAUAGGCCCCACAAAAUAUACCUGAAUAUGGAUAUAGAAAAAUUAGAAAAUGAAGCUAAAGCUGCGGCAGCUAAGCAUGUGAUAAAUAUGCUUCAGAGGCCUGGACAACUAGAGAAGGUGGAUCAGUUUAAAAGACGUGUUAGCAGGAAAAAGAUUUCUGUAGAAGCAAUGUUAAAAACUGCGAUGCAAAGUCAGUUAGAUGGAGUGUGUGUUGGGCUUAAUCAGCUUUCAACUGCUCUUCAAGACAUUCAAGAAAUUCGUCAAAAUUUAAAGGAAAUUAAUGAUUCAUUUGUAAAUAUUCCAGAAUUGGGAAACAAACUAAAUGAAGUUCGCAAUAAAAAUAUCACUCAUUCUCAAUUUGUAACUGCUAUGGAAAAUUUAAAACAUUUGUUUACCGUUCCAGAAAGUGUUGAAAAAACAAAACAGUGGAUCAGUGAAGGAAAACUUUUACACGCUCAUCAAAGUUUAAUGGAUUUAGAAAAUUCCCGUGAUGAUUUGCUGUAUGAACUUCAUAAAAUUUCUAACCAGAAGCAAGCAGAUAAAAUCUUGCUGAAAGCUUACUUUGAAGAAGUAGAAGAAGUAUCUCUAGAACUUGCAAAACAGUUACGACUAGUUUUGAGCCGCACUCUUAAUACUGUUCGUAAAGAGCCUACAGUAAUUGUAACUGCUUUAAGAAUUAUUGAGAGAGAAGAAAAAGCAGAUGAAUUUGCUCAAGGACGAUACAGCAGAAGUAACUUUAUGCCUCCUGGACGACCAAAAGAAUGGAGGAAGAUGGCAAUGGAAGUUUUGCAGAAAUCUGUAUCUCAGCGGAUAGAGGGAACUCAAGUUGACGAACGUGAAAAUAACAAAAUGUGGCUUGUAAUGCAUUUGGAAUUGACCCGGCAGUUGAUUUUAGAAGAUUUACGGGUUGUAAAAACUCUUUGUGGUCCCUGCUUUCCUCCACAUUAUAAUAUUGUGAAUGAGUUUGUCAGCAUGUACCACAAUUGCUUAUCCCGGCAUCUAGAGGAAAUCAUCCAGAAUGGUCUUGAAGGCAAUGAAUAUGUAUCAGUCCUUUCGUGGAUUGUUAAUACUUAUACAGGACCUGAGUUGAUGCAACACCCAGAGUUGAAUAUUGGAAUCGCAUCAGUUGGCCCCCUUUUGGGAUCAAGUGUGAUUAACAAACUGCAACACCAGUACCUUUCGAACAUGGAAGCAAACUACAUCGACUGGAUGCAAAAAACUCUGGAAACAGAAAAACACGAUUGGCUAAAUGGAAUAGCUCCUGAAGGCGAUCAAGACGGCUUCUUCCGAACAGCAGCUCCUGUAAUUAUUUUUCAAAUGAUUGACCAAAAUUUGCAAGUGACCAAAACAAUAAGCCAAGCUCUGACACAUAAAGCGAUGGUUCUGAGUAUGGAUCAGGUCGCUAAGUAUGGCAUCAUGUACAGAGAAGCUAUCAGAGAGUUUAAAACGAGACACUUUGAAGACAGAAGCAAGGUGCCUUUUUUCACCCAUUACAUGAUCACUAUUGUAAACAAUUGUUUGUUGUUUGUAGAACAUGCCCAACUGAUGAAACAACACUAUUGGAGAUCUGACUUCAGUAAUGAUGAAUCGAACUUUCAGUUCAACUUUCUUCUUAAAACGUACCAAGACUUGCGAGAUGAAGCGGCACAGUUUCUUUUGGAAGAAGCUUUCCUGGAUUUAGAUUCUCACUUUCAAGAUCUUAUCACGACAAAGUGGAUUACGAGUACAAUUCCUGUGGACACAAUAUGUGUAACUUUAGAUGAUUAUUUCCAGGAUUAUGGCCAUCUUCGAGUUAAGAAUUUUGAAAGUGUAAUAUCGGAAGCUGAAAACUUGGUAGCCAGACGUUACAUCUCAGCAAUGUUGCAGAAAAAGGUAACUUUCAAAACCUAUGAAGAAAGACGAGCAGCUGGCAACAAGAUUUUGAAAGAAGUGAACCAAAUCAAAACCUUGUUUUGUAAAAUUGCCCCUAAACUGGAAAAUAGAGUCGAUUCUCCCCUUGAAACAAUAAAAAGUUUAGCAGAAGUGCUGAAAAGUGAGGAUUUGGAAAUUUUAUCCUUGGAUUUACAUAGUUUGGUGGACAAAUAUCCUGACAUCACUGAAGAUCAGCUCAGUAGGCUUUUGAGUCUUCGUGGUGAUUUGUCAAGAUCAGAUAUCCGUGAAAAGCUGUCAUAUAUUUUUCAGGACUCGUCAGGACAGAAAAAUACAUCCUUUGUGAAAAGCAUAUUUGACCAGAUUCUGUUGUAGGAUACCAAAAUUAACAGGAGCUAGCAGUGAUAAAAGCCAGGAAGGAAAAAUAUUCUUCCAGUUGAAGAUUACUUAUAACACUGGAGAAGGACUGAAAGACCUCCCUGUAGAAAUGGACCUUAACCAGUUCUACAUGUUUCUACACGAGCUGGAAAAAGUUAAGAACGUGUUAGAAUAUGGUAACUGAAAUGUUGAUAUGAACUGAAAUCGAUAUAUGAUGUCCUUUUGCUUCACUGGUAGAAAAUUUGUAUGUUUUAUAUGUAAUCAUUUAUUAUUAGUUGAUUCGACAAAUAUUACAGUUGAUUCAUUUUAAAUAUAACUCUGUAUUUUUCAACCAGAUAAUCUGUGUUAUGUUUUACAAUAAUAUGUAUUCUGUUACAAAAUAAAUAUAAAAAAUAA